UCACAACAUCAAACAUGGAGUCGAGCACUUUGUAUCGAAAAAAUACAUAAAAUUUCGUCGAGUUACUACGGCCGCCGUGGAGAAUGGAGGCUCCUUUACAACUUUCCUCAUGUUAGUGACUGUUAUAUCCUACCGUUAGUGGUAGUCAAAGGGCCUUUACGUUGCGUGGUGGUGUGUUCGGUUGGAUUGGAGGACGAUAGCUUGGCUUGGAUUGAAGUUGAACGCGAAGCUCCGCGCUUCAACUUUCGUAACUGGCAUAGGAUCGAAAACACAAGACUGUCGCUGAUUCAUUUGUGUCUUCAAAGCGAGUGUAUCUACACAGGUAUACGGUUUUGUUGCUGCUGGAGUUUGGUUUAUUGAGAAAUACACAGAUCCUUGGCAUUACUCAAAUCAGACUAGCGUCAAGGAACGUAAAAAAGCUGCUGGAAAUAUCUGCGGUUGUUUUCGUGUUGCUUGCCAGUAUUACACUUCCAGUACCGUUGCAUUGUUCUGUCUACAACUUGGAUUACGGCUUCGAACCCGUCAUUUUAUCAGUAAAUUUGGGCGUUUUAAUUUCUACGUUUUUCAUGAUUUUAAGUUUUAGAUUCUUGCGAAAGAGCCUGUCACUGUUCAUUACAGCUAAACACAUGAAGAAUUGAUGAACAUAGCUUAAAUAUUACAUAUGCAAGCAGGACAAAGGACAUAUUCCAAAGAAAAUAGUAGAGGAAACAAAGUACAAGACGGCUUCGGGGUAAACUGAUUUAUCCUCAAGAAUCACCGAGAAUUCCUAGCGUGUUCGAGGCGAUCAAAGCUUCCAUUCGAAGUCUUUUAGUGGUGUAGUUUUCUGUUGUUGAUUCAAAUUUCUCGAGUCUUUGUUGUGCUGGAACAAGUCGCCAAAGUAACCCAAGAUUUUCUUUCAAAAUAUUACUGGAGCCAACAAGAGCAACAUGACUUCUCGAAAGAGCAACAUCUCACUCCUGUGAAGGCAUGCUCGGUCCAAAUACCUGGGUGUAUUUUCGACGUAUGUGAGAGGUCCGGCAGCGUUUCGCGCAACAAGAACUACUAAUUCUAAAAAUUGCCCGACCAUUAUGGCCGGACGAAUCAAGAAAAAUUCUAAGAUUCAAUUUAUGUGUUGCAUUACGGGAAAAUCAUGGGGUCUUCAUGCUAGUUACUGUUCAAAACUACCUAGUAUUACGCUUGAGAUUUAAGUGAUGUUUCUUGAUAACAAAAUGGCCCAAACAGAACUAAUUUCUCAUUCAACAGGAGCAUUUACAAGCUUCAAAUCAAAUCGAGUUCACAAAACUCAAUGUAAAAUCCAAAUAGAUACGAACGUCCUGCGAUGCCUAACGCAAACAUUGUCCGAUACUUAUAAACGCUGUGGAUUGAAAAUCGCUGAAAAUGGAGCGGAGAAUAAUCAUGUUUCGAAUAACAACAGCAAAAACGAACAAACUGGACACAGUAAUAAUGAAGGUGAUUACAAGGUGGUCUUACACGAAGAACUUUGUUCCGCUACAUCAAGGUAUGAAGUUCUCGAAUUCCUUGGUCGUGGGACAUUUGGACAAGUCGUAAAAUGCUGGAAGAAGGGGACUAAUGAAUUAGUCGCCAUCAAAAUUCUCAAGGAUCACCCGUCCUAUGCGAGACAGGGGCAAAUCGAGAUUAGUAUCUUAGCUAAACUGAGCGCGGAGAAUUCCGAAGCCUACAACUUUGUUCGAGCGAUUGAAUGCUUUCAACAUAAGAAUCACACUUGUUUAGUGUUUGAAAUGCUACAGCAGAACCUUUACGAUUAUUUGAAGCAGUCUAAAUUUAAUCCACUGCCGCUGAAGCACAUACGACCAAUUGUACAACAAGUAUUAGUGGCAUUAUCGAAACUACGCACGCUUGGUCUUAUACACGCAGACCUAAAACCCGAGAACAUUAUGUUAGUGGACCCAGACAAGCAACCCUUUCGUGUGAAAGUGAUCGACUUUGGCUCCGCGACUCAUGUAUCUAAAGUUGUGUGUUCCACGUAUCUUCAAAGUCGAUACUACAGGGCCCCAGAAGUUAUUCUUGGCCUGCCAUUUUGUGAGUCGAUAGAUAUGUGGUCACUGGGCUGUGUGAUAGCAGAGUUGUUUCUUGGCUGGCCUUUAUACCCUGGCUCCUCAGAGUUUGAUCAGAUUCGCUACAUAAUUCAAACUCAAGGUUUGCCCUAUGACCAUUUGCUAAAUAACGCAACCAAGACAAGUCGAUUCUUCAAGAAAGCUAUUAAUACCCACACAGGCGUGCUGGAGUGGAAACUAAAGAAUGCAAAUGAGCAUGAAAGGGAAACAAAAAUCCCUUCAAAAGAGGCAAGGAAAUACAUCUUUAAUAGCCUGGAUGAUAUUGCUCAAGUCAAUUUGUCAAGCAGUCUCACUGGGAACGAGAGGAUAGCUGAGAAGAUAGAUAGAUAUGAAUUUGUAUCAUUGCUUAAGCGCAUGCUGACAAUAGACCAAGAGAAGAGAAUCACCCCUGAGGAAGCUCUCAGUCACCAGUUCGUUACCUUGUCCCACCUUGUCGACUUUGCACACUCCAAUGUGUUCAAGUCUUCUGUUAAGAAUAUGGAGAUCUGCUGUCGUAACCGAGUUCUACAUGAACCUGUUUCCUAUGGAGGUCCUGUUGUUGGAUUUCAGCAGACAAGUGGUGCAUCAUAUUUGCCCAUGGGGAUAAAUAGUCAUGAGACCAUGAUGCCGCAAGAGUCACUAGGUUUGGUACAGAGAACAGACCCUUACAUGGCUCGUGUAAAUGUCUCUUUGCCUCCACUACAACCAGUGCCCACUGUACAACCCAGAGCAGAUUUCCUGCCAUCGCACUGCAGUGCCCAAAGAGCAAUUAUCUGUCCAGACAGCAUGUCCCCCCAGAAGCACAUGUUCCCAGCUGCACAGCAACAGCCUACCAUGCCAGUUGUUGUGUCAAUGGGUCUCCCCUCAAUCACUGUGCAGCCAAACACUCUCUAUGCUAAAGUCCCUAGUGCUCCAAUAACGACAUGGCCACCAAAGAGAUUUGGCUCAGACCCAACAUUAUCUGGCCUGCAUCCUCAUUGGCCAGGAGCUAUCGGCAUCGGCUCUGUUCAGCCGAUCAUGACAUCAGCAGAUUCAAUACAAACUAUGGAAAACCCAAGCCGUCCAAUGAAUCCUCCUCCUAUUGGCGCAUGGCGUGGCUCAGAUGACAAUGGCUACAUAUCAGCGGAGCCCAGCCCUGCAUUAUACCACCUGGAAAGGGAUGGCUAUGACCGUCGUCACGGUCGAGGGCAUGGGCAGGAGCCCUACAGGCCCGCGGGCUCAGUUGUGUUUUCCUUGAUGCCAAUCAUGCAACAACAGCCUGCCGUCCCACCCCCGGUGUGGAACGGACCAAGCAUUCCUACCAGCAGUCUAUUUCCAUGGCAACUCCAGCCAGCUCUACAGAAUGCUGGUCACCAUGGUCACGGUGUGGGGCCACAUCGGACCUUGCGCAGGACGGUGUCUUCACCGUGCCGCAAGAGGUUCAAUGAUAGAGGACACUAUUUUGACAUGGUGACCGGCAGUCCUGGCGCGUCCUACCAACAUGAGAUGCCGUGCACGCUCGUCGGUCCAAUCAAGCGGACGUCGUCUCCGAUAGAGAUCCCGGAUAGCCCGUCCUCAUUGAGCGUUAUCUCCAUAUCUAGCUCGAGCGACGAGAUGGAGCCGAACUCUCUAGAGGAGAAUCAGCACAUGGCUGACAAUCCGCCUAUUGAUGAGGACGAGGAGGGAGACCCGAAUGACCAGAGCUUGCGGAGCCUCGAAGACGAAGCAGCAGAGAGCCGCGGACAUGAUGAGCGCUUUGAUGGCUUCGCCGAAGACGAGGAGGAAGCGGACGAGGAAUGCCUCGUAACUUCUUCAUUUUCCGUCGGGAGUGCAAGCCCGGCUCAGAAUGGGUUCGGAAGUAUAUCGGAAGCGUUCGGGAGGCUUUCGGGUUAUGAUAACGAUGAAGUUAACGGCGUGAGCUCGACCACGAAUAAUGGGAUUUCGACGAUGGAUGAGCACACGGGGAUGAUGAGCUACCAGCCGGAGCAGCGAAUCACUAGGCGUAGACAAAGUAACAUGCAGGUGUACAGCUCAGACACGGAGAGCGCCGACGAGAAGGGCGAUGCGAGCGAGGAGAUGAGCGGGCUAAGAGACGGUGGGUUACAGACAUCCAUGGCAGAACAUAUGCACCAUCAAAACCACUACAAGACAUCGAAUGGAGAGCAUCUCUCGCGCUACGAGCACGACACACCCAACAGGAGCCCGACUAAAUCGCGGCCCAACUCACUAGGGCUAUUCAGUCGGCUGACCCAGGCUCUAUCCACGCCUGGUGGAUCUUAUAUCUCGCCCAACGUGCAGUACGCUCCUUCUCAGACCGUGCUGAUAUCAGGCUCAGAUCAGCGUUGUUGCGAUGUGUACCAAGAGCCCCUGUUUUUACUGCCCCCAGGACACGGCCAAAUUCUACCCCAGCCCAUGUACUCGGGGGUACCCGCCGUGAGGCCCCCAAUGCCUUACACGUACGUCACGUCCACGACUACCGGCGCCGCCACAGGGUUCCCGACACCCGGCGCUUAUGUCAGCCCUAGGUUCCAAACCCCCGCCAUGCUGGGACCAUUAAAGACGUAUAAUGUGAUGCCGAAUGCCGGUCCAUACGGUCAGUAUGUAAUCAACAGCAGUCCCUCAAGGCCUAGGAUGUAUUAUCAGUGAGUAUAGCUAUGUAGAAAUACCGCGUGCGCUGAUAGUAGUCCCUCAAGGCCUAGGAUGUAUUAUCAGUGAGUAUAGCUAUGUAGAAAUACCGCGUGCACUGAUAGCAGUCUAUCAAGGCCUAGGAUGUAUUAUCAGUGAGUAUAGCUAUGUAGAAAUACCGCGUGCACUGAUAGCAGUCUAUCAAGGCCUAGGAUGUAUUAUCAGUGAGUAUAGCUAUGUAGAAAUACCGCGUUCGCUUAUGAUAGCGGUAUUAACGAAGGGAUUUGUUUUCAUGUAUUUCGCGGAGAAAAUCACAGACUCGAUUUGCAAACGUCUAUGAAUUUCUCCGCUUUUUAUAACUUUGGGUCUAUAGAGGAAUCGUAUGUCUCAUCCGGGAAUCUUAGAGCUCAUCCGGGAAUCUUAGAGCUCAUCCGGGAAUCUUAGAGCUCAUCUUAGGGUUUAUCCGGUAUUUUUAGGGUUCUUCCGGGAACCUCAGGGGUCAAUCGGUAAUUUUAGGAUACAUCCGGGGAUGUCAGGGAUAAUCCGGGGACCUUAGGGAUUAGCCGGGAACCUCGGGGCUCAUCCAGUUAUUUUAGGAUUUAUCCGGGGAUUUUGGGGCUCAUUCAGGAACAUUACGAGUUAGCCGGGAACCUCGAGCUCAGAAAGUGGCUUCAUGAGAGUAAGCCAUUGAGCUUUUGAUCGCUUUUGACUGCCGAGCCGAGAAAGGCUUGGAGAUGUAGUACUGACAGAUUUUUAAAUCAGUUUCUGCUUUAGAAACGUUAUUAAAUUUAUACAGUUUUCCAUAGCAGCGUUACCAUUGGCUCAUUGCCACGAUUGUCCUUAGAGCUAUGGCCUUAGCAGAUAUCACGUGAUCGUUACACGGACGUCUUUUUAUAAGUGAAUUUUCAUUAUUAAAUUGUAAAGGUUGUAGACAACUUCAAAGGGAUGAUCCAGCAAUGGCGUUUUUUGUAAUCAGGGAGCUAUAGUUUUAAACAUAAAAUCAUAAAUUAUUAUAUUAUCAUCACAUAUAAGAAGAAUAAUGGUGGGUGUGGUAUGGUUUUGGUCGUCUCCCAUUUGAAUUUGACAGUGUUAGAAAAGGGGCACCGGCUGCUAAGGGCGAGCCAAAAAGUGGCUUUGUUAACCACGCUUCGGCAAGAAUUGUUGGACAGGUUUUAUGUCCGACUGGGUAAUUAUAACAAUCUUAUAAAAAUUUAACUUAUUUCUAUUUGCUUAUCUUGGGCCAGACGAGCUAUACUCAUCGUCUGUGGCCGGAUUCAUGUUUAGACGAUAUCGAUAUCGAACUAUUGAAAACAUUACUUUAAUUCUUCUACGUUAUUUUAAUUGUCGCUGUGAUGUGUUUGAGGUUUAUAAUUGUGUGGAAUUGUCCAGUUAUAGUGCGGCAUGAGUUUUCUCAUGUAACACUUUUUAUUGAGGCUGAUCAGAUUAUAUGAACGCCUUAUAUUUAAGUCAUUUUCGAGGAGACUUAAACUUGUUGUUUGUUUUAGUGCAAUGUUCACUGCCUCGUUUAGACGCAGGUUGUGGUUAAGUGUUUUAUGAAUUUGUGCUUCGUUCAAAUUUAGCUGCAAAUAUAUUUGAGUAUGAUUUUGGCAUUUGUUGGAUGCCUCUCAAAGGUUUUGAGGUGUAUUAAUCGUUUCAAUCCGCGUGAACUAGGCAUGUGAUGAAGUUUAAAGAGACUCAGGCGGCCCCUCUUUCCUUAUUGUUUACCUUCGCAUUUUUACAGAUACAAUUACAAAAUAACCAUCCUAAAAUAGCUUAAUCUCUGGCUUAACAAAAUUAAUUCCGAAGUGAUUUUAAUGGCUUUUUUCUCUAUAGCUUCUAGGUUAACAAAAUAGCGGCCAAAUAGCGUCAAAGUCCCUUUAACCGUGUUAUCAUAUCAACCUUAAAUGUAUCAGGUGAAUUUGUAGUCCAUGAAAGGGUGUGCCUAGUUUGCGCACACCCGGUUGGAUUAAGAUUAUUGUAGAGUUACAUAUUUAGAGUGUCUUACGGGUGUUUUCAUAAUACGGGUAUAGCGCACAGUUAUAAUAAUAUCACGAAUUUGACACCAAAUAAUGUUUUUCUUCUUUAUUAGGUAUCAUAUGUUUGUCAUUACAGAUAUUCAUGAAUGUAUUUGCUUCUUAAGAUAACUUUUGAUCAUGGUGCUAGUACUCGGGGUCUAUUUUAUUUAAUAUUAUCUAAUUUAUCUUUAGGAGCAAGCUUACAAAGGUAUAUUUUAUAAUGCUUAGGGCAGGUUGUGAUUUGGGCGUAGAUGAGUGAUCAAUUUGUAAAUAAAAUUUGAUGUAAAUCCCAAGCUAUAUGGGCUUGUUAAUAAACGCAUUCUUACGUCC